AUCUCUAAAACAGCUGAAUCAACAACUGUAUUCGGAGAGAGAACUUCUCCUUCUCCAGCAGAGACCAUCUCCCUUACAACCAUCACCGCUCCACCGACAACAACAGAUGUUAAAACAACAUCCACAGAGGAACCCACAACAGGAAAGAAAACAGCAUUUACAACUGUUCUGACAGACCCCACUGCUGUCUUCACAACAGAAAGUGAUGUCACAACCCUUACAACUCAAGCUUCUCCAACAACAAUUAUUCCCCUCUCAUCCUUCAGAGCAACAACAGUGGAUGAUACAACAACCACCGCUGACACCACAAUGAUAAAAAAGACUACAGAAUUUACAUCUGCAUUAACAAGCAUCACUCCACACACAUCACUGGAUGUUAAACAAACUCUUUCCACAGUUGAAUCAACAAUUUCACAGUUGGUUUUAACAACAACCACAGACACACAAACAGCAUCAAUUCAAACAACAGAAACUUCCCCUAUGAAUGUCAUGACUUCAACAGGAACAAUCACAAAUAAUCUUACAUCAACAGUCACUUUUCAACCAACAGCAACCACAUUACCCAUACCCAAAACAGAUGACAUAAGCCCAACAGUUGCAUUCACAACUUUAACUAGUCAAACAGCAACUCCAGUUUUUCUAACAGAAACUAACUCCCCUACUACCAUCACAGUACCAACAACACAGAGAAGGACUACAUCUGUAGAUUCACCCACAAAGAUCAGAGAGACAACAGAAUUGACAUCUGCAGAUCAACAAACAACUGGUAAAAGAAUACUGACCACAGAAUUAAAAACUGAACAAACAAGUACCACAACUGAUUUCACAUCAGGAUUCCCAACCACAACUGUUGCAGCACCUAUGUCAACUGGCUCUACAGUUGUUCUAUCAACAAGCACAGCUACUUCAAAAGAUUCUGUUACUAAUACAGAAAGUGCUCCCAGCACUACAGUAAAUUCACCAUUUAUAAGCAAAAAUGGAACUCCAACAACAUAUUUCACAUCAACAACAAUUUUUCAACCAACAUCCUCUUCUACUUUUGAAGUUACUGCAUCAAUACCUGAUGAAACAAAAAUCCCAGGCAGUUUUACAACAAUAACUAUACCUCCUACAACUCCCACAGCUGCACCAACAACGACAAGAAAUGUAAAGACAACAUUUACAGAAGGUAUUACUGCCCUUGGCACAGUCUCAUCAACUGAAACAACAUUUGCUCCAACAACAGUAAGCAGUACAUCAACAAUUGAAAAGACAACAAAAUCUGCCUCUCCUACUAACAUGACUUCAACUGUAGUUACCCUGGAUAAAACACCAACAACUGCUAAAACAACAACUGUAGUUUUAACAACAACCACAAACUUAGAACCUACAGCAACAAACAUUGCAGGAACUAUUAAAACAGUUGUAUCAACAACUUUAGUAAAUCCAACAAUAACUCCAGUCACCACAAUAACUGCUACCCCUGCUACCACCACAUUUCUAUCAACAACAAGAGAGGCUAGGACAUCCACAAAUGAACCAACAAGAACUUUUACUUCACCUACAACCACAGCUGAAUCAACUGUAUCUAAAUUGGUUUCAACAACCACGAGUGCCCCAACAUUAUUUACUCUAACAACACAGAUUUCCCCAUUAAUCACCACUGAUAAAACUUCAACAAGCACUUUAUUACCACAAACCACUUUUCAGUCAACAAACGUUGAAUCACUACUCUCAACAACAGGCGAUGUUGCAACUCCUGGAGUCGCUUCACCAAGUAUCACUACUGUUUCAACAAGAUUAAGUACCACUACCACUAAAAGAGAUGGAUCAACAAAAAGCACAUCUCCCUUCACAACUGAACCCUUGUCGACAGCAACUGGAUUCAUAACAACACUUGGAUCCCUACCAACAUCUGUUUUAUCCUCAACAACAAGUGCCCGGCCUCAAACAUCCCUGUUUGCUCAAACGACUUCUACAGCUGCUCCAGCAACUGCAAUCACAACUUCUUUUUUGACAAGAACGACACCAUUUGCCUCUAAUACAAUAACAACAACUGGCCCUGCAACUGUUGCUAUAACCAAUGCUGUCACAUCUGAAGUACCCACUACCCCAACUGCAAACCCUAUAACCAAAACUGCAACCACCACAAUGUCUGUCACCUCUAAAAAUCCAACAUGCUGUGAAUGUUGUUUGAAGUAUAAACAACCAACUUUUGAAGUUGCUCCUGCAACUGUAUGUCCAUACCCGUCAUCAUCAACAACUUCAUCUGAACAGAAACCCUCUUCAUCUACUUUAACAACAACUCCAACUAUAUUAACGACUACAACCAGGAAAACCACAAAUAUUACCGAGACACCUGCGUCAAUGACCGAAGCUCUAAAUACUACAACUCCUUCUGUGUCAACUGAAACAACAAUAAGAAAACUAGAAUUCCGAUCUGUGGGAGAAAUAUUCACAGAUGAUUUGCUAAAUAAUUCAUCUGCAGCAUUUAUAAUUCGAUCUUUCGCUAUAAAGAAUUAUUUUGAACCAUUUUACCAAGAAGCAUUUUCGUCAUUCCUGGGUUUGACAGUGAUUUCAUUCAGAAAUGGAUCAAUCAUCAAUGUAAUGGACCUUGCUUUUGCAUCAAAAUCUGUUCCUGAUAUUUCUCAAGUUGCAGAUGUUUUUCUUAACGCAUCAAAAGGAACGACAAUACCAGAAUUUCUUCGUGAAAUCAGUUAUUUAAUUGUGGAUAAUACAUUAGCAUUUACCACUGACGUGGUCCCCACGUCAGUCGCAGGUAAACAAACAACUACUGCAGAAGUUGACCAAAAGACCAUAGAUGUAUUGAAAACAACCAAAGUCUCUCUUACCACCACACUGGUAGCAAUAAUCACAUCAAAUAGAACAACAACCACAGCAUCUACAAUCUCCACUAACUUACUCCAAACAACAAGUACUAAUGUUCUGGCUGCUGUAACAGCGACUAUCACUGAGCCAAAAGGUACAACAACCACAUCUGAGUCUGCAAUAACAAACACAGAAAUGCCUGUUAUUAAUUCAACAAAUGCAACACUUUUCACAAAUCCAGUGAAUGUAACAACCAGUGCAACAACUGCUGCAGAUGUGUCCAUCACAACUCCUAAUGCCACCACCCAAUCUACAACUACUGCUGCAGAUGUGUCCAUCACAACUCCUAAAGCCACCACCCAAACUAAAACUAGUCCUGCAGAUGUGUCCAUCACAACUCCAAAAGCGACCACCCAAACUACAACUAGUCCUGCAGAUGUGUCCAUCACAACUCCUAAAGCCACCACCCAAACUACAAAUAGUCCUGCAGAUGUGUCCAUCACAACUCCCAAAGCCACCACCCAAACUACAACUACUGCUGCAGAUGUGUCCAUCACAGCUACCAAAGCCGCCACCCAAACUACAACUACUGCUGCAGAUGUGUCCAUCAGAAGUACCAAAGCCACCACCCAAACUACAACUACUCUUGCAGAUGUGUCCAUCACUACUACCAAAGCCACCACCCAAACUACAACUACUGCUGCAGAUGUAUCCAUCACAACUCCUAAAGCCACCACCCAAACUACAACUACUGCUGCAGAUGUAUCUAUCACAACUCCUAAAGCCACCACCCAAACUACAACUACUACUGGAGAUGUCUCCAUGACAACUACCAAAGCCACCAUUCAAACUACAACUACUGCUGCAGAAGUACCCAUCACACCUCCUAAAGCCACCACCAAAACUACAACUACUGCUGCAGUUGUUUCCAUCACACCUCCAAAAGUUACCCUCCAAACUACAACUUCUGCAGAUGUGUCCAGCACAGUAGUUUUUACUACUGUGGCCCCAACUACGAUAACAACAACAACAAAGCCAACUACUACCACAACAACACCAACAACUACCACGGCACUUGCCACAACUACUAAAGCUACAGGCAUAGACAGUCCGACAACUGGAACUACCACAUCCAAGCAAACUGCAACAAACAUUGCUAAGUCAACAACUACCACAAAUAACCCAACAUCUACCACAACAAUACCAAUGACUCCAACAACUACAACUACCACAACUAAAGCUACACAACCAGUGUCAUUUAUGACCACAACAACCACUACUACAACUAAGCCAACUACAACUAUAACAACUACUACAACAACUACUACAACUAAGCCAACUACAACCACUACAACAACUACUACAACUAAGCCUACUACAACCACAACUACCAGAACAACUACUAAAACUACUACAACUCAAGCUCCAGCACCAGUAUUUGUUAUUGCAGCAGUCAUCACACAACCUUUUCAACCAGAACUUGAAGAUAAAAACACCCCACAGUUUAAAAACCUUGAAAAGCAAGUUGUACAACUAUAUGUGUUCAUCUACAGGGCCAGAUUUGGUCCACUCUUCGUGCGUUGUUUUGUGAUUGCAUUUAGGAUAGCUACAGGUAGAGGCCGAGCGUCAGAAACUGAAGCUGAAAUGGGGGUGGAGUUUAGUAAAAACACAACAGCAGAGGAAAUUCCAAGCACUGAAACUGUUGCACAAACCUUAACAGAGGGACUUUCUAAUCCUAACAUCACCAUCAACACAAACCUGACUGUCCGAACUGACUCCAUCCAAGUCAUUCGAACACCAGAUAUGAAUCCAACAAAUGCAACAUUUGUCACAAAUGCUGCAAAUGCAACAACCAGUGAAGCAGCUUCAACACUUUCAACAUUAGAGAUAAGAACAACAACUGCAAAUGCAACUACUACCACUCUUAAAACCACAACACAAGCUGCAACAACUACCACAGGAACACCAGAUAUUAAUACGACAAGUGCAACAUUUGUUGCAAAUACAGCAAAUGUAACAACCAGUGCCGCAGCUCCAACACGUUCAACAACAGAGAAUAGAACAACUACAGCAAAUACACCUAGUACCACUCUUAAAACCACAACACAAGCUGCAACAACUACCACAGGAACACCAGAUAUAAAUACGACAAGUGCAACAUUUGUUGCAAAUACAGCAAAUGUAACAACCAGUGCCGCAGCUCCAACACGUUCAACAACAGAGAAUAGAACAACUACAGCAAAUACACCUAGUACCACUCUUAAAACCACAACACAAGCUGCAACAACUGCUGCAGCUGUACACACAACAUCUUAUAAAACCCCCAUCCCGACUCCUGAGGCCACCACCCAAACUACAACUACUGCUGGAGUUGUUCCCAUCACAAAUCCAAAAGCCACCACCCAAACUACAACUACUGCUGCAGAUGUAUCCAUCCUGACUCCUAAAGCCACCACCCAAACUACAACUACUGCUGGAGCUGUACCCACAUCUUCUAAAACCCCCAUCCCAAAUCCUAAUGCCACCACCCAAACUACAACUACUGCUGCAGUUGUUCCAAUCACAACUCCCAAAGCCACUCCCCAAACUACAACUACUGCUGCAGAUGUAUCCAUCCUGACUGCUAAAGCCACCACCCAAACUACAACUACUGCUGAAGUUGUGCCCACAUCUUCUAAAACCCCCAUCCCGACUCCUAAAGCCACCACCCAAAAUACAACUAUUGCUGCAGUUGUUCCAAUCACAAAUCCCAAAGCCACUCCCCAAACUACAACUACUGCUGCAGAUGUAUCUAUCACAACUCCUAAAGCCACCACCCAAACUACUACUGCUGCAGAUGUGUCCACCCCGACUCCUAAAGCCACCACCCAAACUACAACUACUGCUGCAGAUGUAUCCAUCAUAACUACCAAAGCCACCACCAAAACUACAACUACCGCUGCAGUUGUUUCCAUCACACCUUCCAUAGCUACCACCCAAACUAAAACUACUGCUGCAGAUGUAUCCAUCACAACUCCUAAAGCCGCCACCCAAACUACUACUGCUGCAGAUGUGUCCAUCCUGACUCCUAAAGCCACCACCCAAACUACUACUGCUGCAGAUGUAUCCAUCAUAACUACCAAAGCCACCACCCAAACUACAACUACCGCUGCAGUUGUUUCCAUCACACCUCCUAUAGCUACCACCCAAACUACAACUACUGCUGCAGAUGUAUCCAUCACAACUCCUAAAGCCGCCACCCAAACUACUACUGCUGCAGAUGUAUCCAUCAUAACUACCAAAGCCACCACCCAAACUACAACUACUGCUGCAGUUGUUUCCAUCUCAACUCCAAAAGCCACCAUCCAAACUACAACUACUGCUGCAGUUGUUUCCAUCACCCCUCCUAAAACAACCAAUCAAAUUACAACUUCUGAGGCACGGACAACAAGGCAAUUGACUUUUAGGUCUUUCGAAACAUUUACACCUGAUUUAUUGAUCUCUUCAUCUUCGGCGUUUAUAACUCGAGCAUCAAAUUUGAAAUCCACACUUGAGCCAUUCUACAAACAAGCACUACCCGCAUUCCGCUUUUUGAAUGUGAUUUCUUUCAGUAAUGGAUCGAUUAUCAGCACCAUAGAUCUGGUUUUUGCAUCAACAUCAGUGCCUAAUAACACUCAAAUUAUAGAUGUGUUGGUCAAUGCGUCAACAAUUAAUCCAAACCUUCAAAUUGACAUCAGUUCUAUAACUGUGAAUGACACAUUAGUAUUCACUACUCUGGCCCCAACUACGACAACAACAACUACUACCACAACAACACCAACAACUACCACAACACUUGCCACAACUACUACAAAAGAAGCUCAGCUACCAGUGCCGACUACUAUCUUAGCAACAACUACCACAACACUUGCCACAACUACUACAAAAGAAGCUCAGCUACCAGUGCUGACUACUAUCUUAGCAACAACUACUACAACAACUACUACAGCCCCAACUACCACAACUGAAGCUCCAGGACCAGUAUUUUUGGUUGCAGCAGUCAUCACACAAAUUUUUGAAUCAGCACUUGAAGAUAAAACCAGCCCACAGUUUAAGAACCUUGAAAAGCAAGUUGUAGUUGUAUACGAGUUCAUCUACAGGAGGAAAUUUGGUCCUCUUUUUGUGCGUUGUUUCGUGAAUGCAUUUAGGAUAGCUACAACUAAUAGACGAACAUUUGAAACUGAAGCUGAAAUGGGGGUAGAGUUUAGGAAAAACACAACCGCGGAGGAAAUUCCAAGCUCACAAACUGUCAUUCAAACCUUGACAGAGGAAGUUGCAAACGUUAGCGGCUCCUUCAAUGCCACCUUUGCUGUUCGAACUGACUCAAUCAAAAUCACUCGAAUACCUGUUAUUAAUCCAACAGAUGCAGCAACAAUUGCAACAAAUUUAACAACUUCAACACCGUCAGCAACAGAGAUAGGACCAACCACUGCUGCUCCUGAACCCCCCACAACUCUUAAAACUGUAACCCAAACUACAACUACUGAAGCAAUUAGAAUACAGACACCUGCAACAACAGAGAUUAGCCCAAAUACUACUGCAACUGCACUCCUCACAACUCAAACUACAACUCAAACUACAACUACUGAAGCAAUUAGAAUACAGACAACACCUGCAACAACAGAGAUUAGCCCAAAUACUACUGCAACUGCACUCCUCACAACUCAAACCACAACUCAAACUACAACCCAAACUACAACUACUGAGGCAAUUAGAGUAACGACAUUGGUUUAUAGAUCUUUAGAAACAUUUACAUCUGAUUUGUUGGACUCCUUAUCUGCAGCGUUUUCAAGUCGAGCAGCAAUGCUCAAGUCCACACUUGAGCCAUUCUUCAAAGAAGCACAUCCUUCAUUCCGCUUUUUGAAAGUGAUUUCUUUCAGUAAUGGAUCGAUCAUCACCAUAGAUCUGGUUUUUGCAUCAACAUCAGUGCCUAAUAACACUCAUAUUGCAAAUGUGUUGGUCAAUGCGUCAUCAAUUAAUCCAAACCUUCAAAUUGAUAUCAAUUCUAUAACUGUGAACAACACAUUAAUUUUUACUACUCUGGCCCCAACUACGACAACAACAAAACCAACUACUACCACUACUACUACCACAACAACUACCACAACAACAAAGCCAACUACUACCACAACAACACCAACAACUACCACAACAACACCAACAACUACCACAACUACCACAACUGAAGCUCCAGCACCAGUAUUUGUGGUUGCAGCAGUCAUCACACAAAUCUUUGAACCAGCACUUGAAGAUAAAACCAGCCCACAGUUUAAGAACCUUGAAAAGCAAGUUGUAGUUGUAUACGAGUUCAUCUACAGGAGGAAAUUUGGUCCUCUCUUUGUACGUUGUUUUGUGAUUGCAUUUAGGGUAGCUACAAGUAGAAGCCGAGCAUCUGGCAAUGAAACUGAAGCUGAAAUGGGGGUAGAGUUUAGGAAAAACACAACCGCGGAGGAAAUUCCAAGCUCACAAACUGUCACACAAACCUUGACAGAGGAAGUAGCUAAUGUUAGCGCCAUCUUCAACACAACAUUCUCUGUUAGAGUGGAAUCCAUCCAAGUCAUUCGGAUCCCUGAAAUUAAUCCAACAAAUGCAACAAUUAUAUUUAAUUCAACGAAUAUAACAACUUCAACACCUGCAACAACAGAGAUAAGCCCAAAUACUAUUGCAACUGCACUCCUCACAACUCAAACUACAACCCAAACUACAACCCAAACUACAACCCAAACCACAACCCAAACUACAACUACUGAGGCAAUUACAAUAAAAAUAUUGAUUUUUAGAUCUUUGGAAACAUUUACAUCUGAUUUGUUGGACUCCUCAUCUGAAGCCUUUUUAAAUCGAGCAGCAAUGCUGAAGUCCACACUCGAGCCAUUCUACAAACAAGCACUUCCUUCAUUCCGCCUUUUGACUGUGGUUUCUUUCAGAAAUGGAUCAAUCAUCAACACAAUAAACCUUAGAUUCGCAUCUACGUCAGUUCCGAGUGGCACUCAAAUUGCCAAUGUACUGAUUAAUGCAGCGUCACAAAUCACAGCGUUUAACAUUGACACCACUUCCAUUACAGUGGAUGGCAUACAGGUUUCAGAAGGAGUUACUCACAAGAUCAGUCUCAUCACUGCAGUCUUCAUGGUGAUGCUGUCAUGGAUACUGUCAAGUCAACAGUAACUUGUGUUUUUGGAAAUCAACAUGAAAAGUUUACAGCAACUACUUCGUUCGGAAAAUGAAGUGAAAAUAUAUUAAACCUUCUGAUGAAGAGAUUUUAAAUGACUUGGAAGGAACAUUUUAAAAAUGAAGUUAAUUGUACUGUCCAUCAAGUAGAUGAGAUAUAAAACUUAAUAUUUAAAUGUGCAAUCUAUUUAAGAGGAUGAUUUUCUGAAUUUAUUUUUCUUGUCCAAACAUGGUUUGUCAACCUUGAAGAAUCUAACUCAUUCCGUUGAAAUAGGUUGAGUUAUUUGCAAUCCUUCGUUAUAAACUCUUUUUUUGUUCAGCUUUUGUUGUUAUUUAAAUGUGUGUCAAUGGUUUUGCACCCUCAAUCAUGAAGUCUGCAUGACACUGUCUAAGCACUUUUU